GCGCUCGGGGCGGGCUCCGGGCUAUAAAGGGCGGCGGGGCGAGCCCGGAGCCGAACCGAGCGGAGCCGAACCGAGCCCAGGCAGCGCCCCACCAUGGCCACCAGCGAGUCCACACCGGCGCAGCCCAAGGAGGAGCAGCAGAGCAUCGGGACACGCGUGGCCAACCUGCCCCUGGUGAGCUCUGCCUACGACAUGGUGUCCUCUGCCUACACCUGCACCAAGGAGAGCCACCCCUACGUGCGCUCCGUGUGCGACGCCGCCGAGAAGGGGGUGAAGACUCUGACGGCAGCGGCAGCGAGCGGGGCCCAGCCCCUCCUCACCCGGCUGGAGCCCCAGAUUUCCACCGCCAAUGAAUUGGCCUGCAGAGGGCUGGACAAGCUGGAGGAGAAGCUGCCCAUCCUGCAGCAGCCCCCACAGAAGAUCAUCUCAGACACCAAACUGCUGGUGACCUCCACGGUGACAGGGGCCAGGGAUGUGCUGACCAGCACUGUGGCCGGAGCCAAGGAUGCAGUGUCCAACACCGUGGCUGGAGCUAAAGAUGCAGUGUCCAACACCAUGGCUGGGGCUAAAGAUGCAGUGUCCAACACCAUGGCUGGGGCUAAAGAUGCAGUGUCCAACACCAUGGCUGGAGCCAAGGAUGCAGUGUCCAGCACCGUGGCUGGGGCUAAAGAUGCAGUGUCCAGCACCGUGGCCGGAGCCAAGGACGCGGUGACCAGCAGAGUGACCGGUGUGAUGGACAUGACCAAAGGGGCUGUGCAGGGGGGUGUGGAGAUGACCAGGUCUGCGGUCAGCAGCGGUGUCAGCACCGUGGGCCAGAUGGUGGCCAGCGGGGUGGACUCCGUGCUGGGCAAGUCGGAGGAGCUGGUGGAUCAUUACCUGCCCAUGACGGAUGAGGAGCUGGCCAAGCUGGCCACGGCCGUGGAGGGCUUCGAGCCGGAGCAGCAGAGGCAGCAGCAGAGCUACUUCGUGCGCCUGGGCUCCCUGUCCAGCAAGGUGCAGCACCGAGCGCUCCAGCACUCCCUGGGCAAACUGCAGAGCGCCCGCCAGAGCAGCCAGGACCUGCUGGCCCAGCUCCAGCGCACCCUCGACCUGGUGGAGCAGCUGAAGCAGGGUGUGGACCAGAGGCUGCACGGAGGGCAGGAGAAGCUGCAGCAGCUGUGGCUGGAGUGGAGCAAGAAGCAGCCGGGCAGUGACAAGGACCAGGUGCCACCGGAGGCAGUGGAGUCGGGCACGCUGAGCAUGCUGCAGGGAUUGAGCCAGCAGCUGCAGAGCUCCUGCCAGCCCCUGGUGUCCAGCCUGCAGGGCCUCCCCGGCAGCGUGCAGGACACGGCGGGGCAGGUCCGGCAGAACGUGGAGGAGCUGCGGGCGGCGCUGGCCUCGGUCACCUCCCUGCAGGACGUGACCGGCCCCGUGCUGGCCCGAGCCCGCAGCCACGCCAGCAAAGCCCGGCAGCUGAUGGACGAGCUGGUGGAGAACGUGGCCUUCAACACCCCCCUGACGUGGCUGGUGGGACCCUUCGCCCCCUCGGGCAAGCGCCCGGUGGAGCUGGAGAUGGAGUAGCAACCCUGGGCUGCUUUCAUCCCUAAAAAUCCUCGUUAGGAGCCUCUGCUAAACCCCCCCUGCCCUCCUCACCCCCAAUCUUGUGCCUGCCUCUGUGGGGACCCCCCUGCCUGCCCCAGCUGUCCCUUGUCCCUUGCUGGGACCUGCAGUUUGGUGCCUUGGCUGCCCCAAGUGCCUCUCGGGGGUCCCCCACGUCCUCGGUGCCUUCAAACCCCUCAGCCUUGUAGGGUCAAAACAGCACAAGAAAUAAACUCCGGUUAGUUUUGCA